GGAUUUUUGUUGAUAACGUGAAUUUGCCAAGCUAUUUCCUAACGUUGCACUGCAAAUUCCUUUCUAGAGAUAAUUAGCAACAGAACUGACGACAACAUGCUUAUUCUAGCUCUGGACCGAACGAGCAAUAACUUUAUCUUCAAUUCUAGGCCCGCGUCUUCUAGGAUACCCCAUAGAGUUAUAUAGUAACCCCAGGUUCCAUCGCGAGAAUGCGGAACUCUGCUUUUAGCCACGAGAAAUGACCAUCUCAUUAUUGGUUGGCAGGCCCCUGUAUACAUCGUCAAUAUAAAUUUCCAACGAUCUGGGCACGACCCUUGGAUAUUCCCACGGGACCGGUCCUCACCUACGUCCUCGAGGGUUGCUUUUGGGUCUUCGUUUUAUUUAGCCCUGCGAAAGGAAUGAUACUGCCAAGUAUAAUAUCCUAAUUCUAGUUUUAUUUUUAUCGUUCUUUUCAUUUGGCUUGUGGUGCCCCAAAAUGUUCUUCAGAAGAGUCGGCCUGGUGGUAGGCUGGAUCAUAUCGAUUUCAUCUGCUGCCCCUACAUGCCCAAUCGAUGGGCCUGCUUUCCCUAAGCCUGCCCGGCUUUCAGAAAAUGAAGCGGUCAAAGCCGCAAUAGCGGCUUUAAACGAUAAAUUCGCCAAUAUAACGGCCGGGGCUCAGAAUUAUUCGUUGUCUGUGCAAGUCUUCUCAGCCAACGACGAAAAGCCGAUUUUUUCAUUGUCCCACACAGCACCGAAACUCGCAACCCAAAAUUCGACCGGCGUGAAAACCGUUGACGAGAAUACGGUAUUCAGACUCGGGAGUUUGACAAAGAUAUAUACGAUAUAUUCAUUCUUGAUCAACGCUGGAGACAAGUACUGGAAUGAUCCUAUCACCAAAUAUGUCCCUGAACUUCAAGCAUUGGCAAACAGAACGGACCCAGUCAACUACGUGGCGUGGGAUGAAAUUACUUUGGGAGGUUUGGCAUCGCAGAUAACGGGAAUCCCACGUGAAUAUGCAUUGCUAGGAGAAUUGACGCAGUCGAAAGAGACAAGAGACCAAGUGCUUCAACUUGGAUUUCCUCCGCUAACUGCAGAGGAAAAGCCUCCAUGUGGUGCAUAUCCAACCUGUGAUCGAGAGCAAUUCUUUGACGGGAUUGGCAUGUUCUACCCAUCACUCGCCCCUUUUCAAACACCGGCAUACUCCAAUGUUGCAUUCCAGCUACUUGGUUAUGCUCUCGAAACAAUUACAGGCAAAAAGUUUCAAGCCUUGAUGGAAGAUACGGUUAUCAAGCCGUUGGGAUUGAACCAUACAUUCCUCCAUGCGCCGGAUAACUCACUUGGAGUUAUUCCUGGAAAUACUACUACCACAGGAUGGUCUUUUGAUAUCGGCGAAUCAUUAGCUACGGGGAAUAUGUAUGCCUCAGCAUCCGAUUUAUCUGCGUUGGGCCGAGCUAUCCUUAGUCACAAGUUGCUUUCGCCAGUAACAACAAGACGCUGGCUCAAACCAUUUGCCUUCUCAUCGGACCCGCUAGCAAUGGUUGGUAUGCCAUGGGGCGCCAGGAGAAUAAAACUAGAAGACACCUACCGGUACACUACAGCUUAUAAUAAAGCUGGAAACAUCGGUGACUACAGUGCUCUCUUGGCUAUUCUACCAGAUUUCGACAUUGGAAUUUCUAUUCUCAUCGCUGGUGACCUUCCGGGUAAUGCGGGCUUCAAUCUCGCCGAUAUAAUCGGCGAGCCCAUUAUACCUGCAAUGGAACAGGCGGCCAGGGCAGAAGCAGCGGCGAUAUAUAAUGGACAUUAUGUCUCGCCUGACAAAAAGAUCAACUCCUCUAUGACCAUCACCACCGACGAUCUCCCCGGAUUGAGCAUAUCGCAAUGGUUUAGUAACGGAACAGAUUUCGCUUGGAUCGCGACAGUAUUGCAGAACCAAUACUAUCCGCUCACUCCACGUAUUAGGCUUUAUCCAAGCGGACUCGAGGGACCAGGCGCCAACGGCGGGAAGCGUGUGGCUUUUAAGGCUAUGUUUGAGGACGCAGAUGCCCCUAGAAAUGACGGCAAGAUGUUUUCCACAGAGUGCGGCUCGUGGGUUUCUAUCGAAUCGGUGAUAUACGGAUCGGCUGCCGUGGAUGAAUUGAUUUUCGACCUAGACUCAAGCGGUAAGGUUGUCGGUGUUACCUCGCCGUCGUUGAGGGUGACUCUAAAUAAGGAAUGAACUUACCUACCUUCUAAGGUAGCUACAAUAUUGUAUUAAUAGAAUCGGUAUCGUUUGGACCUUUGGGUUCUGGUUAAUGAUUAUUUGGAUCCGACAGUAUCAUUUUUUGAAACUUUCCCCUUUUUGAAGUAGAACGCGUCGGAACGAUUACCCCUAAAUCCUAGAUCAACCUAUGAUCUUAUAGGUAGAUGAAAAAGAUAAUAAUAAAUCAGAGUUAUUGA